AUGUCAAAAUUCGAAAUUGGAAGCUUAAGGAGCUUUAAUGUUGAAAAGAGAAUUUCUCAAAAUUAAGUUAUUGAUUUGCGAUAAUUAUUCAAAUCUAAAGGCAGCUGCAUUUUGGAAUCUUUAUAAAGUGAAAUGUAUUACAAUUUAAAUACAUUCUAAAUAUCUCCUAAAAUUGUUAAUUAAUCUGGUCUUUCCUUUCUUAGUUUCUCUGCUUUUUCAUUUCUACAAUCAAAAGUCAUGAGUCAAUUUAAAGAUAUGCCUGAAUUUGUUAUUUUUUCUUUGUCUAACUAUUUAUGUAAAUUAUCAAUAUUGAAAUCUAUCAACUCAGAAAUUCUUUUUUAGAAUAUGUGUGACAAUCUGUUUUCAAAAUUAUUCUCCUUCAUAAAAUUUGUUUAAUUAAAACAACGUCAACUUUCCACCACAGCUAUCAAAAUUUAGUACCUUAUAUUUUUUAUAUUUACCAAAUGA